GCCGUAAAAUGGCCGCCCCCACAGCCGUGCGGGGUGGUGGUGCCAUCCGGAUCCGGGCAGCUGGACGCAGCCGUCUUCUCUGCGUCCCGAGGGGCGGCUGUGGCUUUAAGGCUGGCUCGGGGCCGCUUGGGGAGUUGUUGGGGUUGCGGCUUGUCCCAGCUCCCGGCUGAGGCAGCCGGUACUUCGCUGCGCGCUCGGCGGCGACCGCAGUGGGACUUGGACCCGCUGCAGGCCCGGCCGGGUGGGUGGCUCCGCAGCACGCACACUGAGCGGCGUUCUCUCCUGUUUCGGGGUUUUAAUGGCUGUUGUACGUGUUUGUUUGUUAAGAUACUCGUGUUUGUGGUCUGAUAGCCGCUACGCAUUUGGCUCUGCGUACCGUGUGUAACUCUGCCUGCUGCCCGCUAACUCCGUCAGGGCGCCUCGCGACGUUCGGCUGGGAUCGCCUCCGUAGCACAGUGAGGGCUGCUCGGGGUCGGGGCUGUGGCGGUUCGUGCAGAGCAGCGGUUCCCUACGUGUUUGCCAGCUGGGUGUUCUCCUGGGUAACGCCCUGCUGCUGCCCUCCUGCCCGAGGAGAACUGCGUAGGCCGUCAGGGCAUUGGGUGAGCUGUGCUUCUCUAGGAGGGUGGGAGCGACGUGUGGCGAUGUGCUGUUUUUUAAUGCAUGUUGUUCUAUGGAGACGGAUAAAGAUGUGGUGAGGCUUGAGCGCUUGUUGUCGAGUGCCUGGUGGCAGUUUUAGAUGGCUACUGCUUUGACUUCCACGUCACUGAUCGCAAUACAGGCAGGAGAAAAGCGGUAGUAAUAGUAAUGGUAAGAUGCUCCUCUUUAUAACUAAACUAAGACAGUGUUUAGAGAAAGAGGCUUCCUUACUCUAGCUAGUGUGUUUAAGCAAGUACAUAUUUCUUGAUCUGAGCUGUCUUUAUCAGUUAACUGUUUUUUUUAUUUUUAUUCUUGAUUUUUUUUUAACUGAACAAAUGUCAGAAGUGUUUUAUUGGGCAUAUAUCAGUAUAUGGGGGAAAAAACAACAGAUCACCUGAUCCCUUUUUGAUUUGGAUUGGUUUGUAUGGCUGUACUUCUAUUUUGUGUGUCUAAAGGGUGAUUCUGGUAAGCAAAGUAAAUGAGCUGUUGCAGUUGAUGCUUCCUUUGGAGAUCCCUUUUAAGGUCGUUUUCAUUCAUGCUUCUUCAUCUUCUCAAAAAACAUCUCUUAAUGAAAUAAAUUCAACGUUACUACAGUUUUUACUUGGAAUUUUGUAGUUAAAAUCAGGGUGACGUGGAAGGCGUAUGCAUAUGUGACUGCUUUAUUCUAUUUGUGUAACAGCUGUAACUUUCAAGAGUUUCCAGUUCCAAACUCCUCACAAGCUAUAGCUUAAUGUGAAGAAUAGAACAAAAAGGUGAUAAUGAUCUAAUAACACGACUUGCAUGGAAAGAAAGCAACUGCAGUUCCUUGGGAGGGCUCCAGACUGCCGGCUUGUGGUGGGUGUAACAGCAGUGCUGUAGUGCUUGUCUAAGGCUGCAGAUUAAAGUACGCAUAAAGCACACAGUGAGGUGUAAAUGUGCAGAAAAAAAGAUAAUCUGUUGACAAAGUGGCUAUUAGAAAAGUCUGUGCAAGGCAUAUUUGACAGUAAAUAACUAAAAUUCUUCUUUAAACCUCGGAGUAUUUUGCCGCCCUGAUUUAUUGCAUAAGUUCUUCUGUUUCAGGUAUUGUGAAUAAAUGCCUUUAUUUGCACUUUUAACAACCUGACAUGAAUUAGAAUUGAUCUGAUAAUAAAUGAAUAUCUGAACUUCAUUUCUCAGUCCUCAGAGUAAACUGCAGAAUACCUAGCUUCCCAUUCUGUUUUUGUGGACUGCUGUAAAUCAAAGAGAGCAUGCUCCCAAAGAAGCUGCAUGGAUUCUCCAGAGAAUGAGUGUUACAAGUUCAGAAAACAAGGAAAUUCCACUGCAGUAACCUGUCUACAGGAGCGAGUUCCAGACCUGUCUUCCUUCCAUCAUUCAGAGGUUAUGAGCACAUUUUGCAGAGAACCUUAUAACUGCAAAAUCCCAAAGGGAAACAUUACCAAAUGAGGAGGAAAGGAAGAUGUCAUCGAGUAUCGGCAACAAGGCAUUCUUCUUCUCCAUGCAGUAUUAAGCACUCCCCCACACGAGAAACCUUGACUUACGCUCAAGCUCAAAGAAUGGUUGAAAUAGAAAUUGAAGGUCGCCUACAUAGGAUCAGUAUCUUUGAUCCUUUAGAGAUUAUAUUAGAAGAUGAUCUUACAGCCCAGGAAAUGAGUGAAUGCAACAGCAAUAAAGAAAAUAGUGAAAGACCCCCAGUUUGUCUAAGAAGCAAACGGCAUAAAAAUAACAAAGUGAAAAAGAAAAAUGAAGCUCUUCCGAGCUCACAUGGCAUACCUGCUACAACAGCUCCUCUUCCAGAACCAAAAGUACGGAUUGUUGAAUACAGUCCCCCUUCAGCUCCUCGGAGACCUCCGGUUUAUUAUAAGUUCAUUGAAAAGUCAGCGGAAGAACUUGAUAAUGAAGUCGAGUAUGACAUGGAUGAGGAAGAUUAUGCGUGGUUAGAAAUAAUUAAUGAAAAACGGAAAAGUGAUGGAGUGUCAGUUGUUUCCCAAAACAUGUUUGAAUUCCUUAUGGAUAGGUUUGAGAAAGAGUCUUAUUGUGAGAACCAAAAACAGGGUGAUCAUCAGUCUUUAAUAGAUGAAGAUGCAGUGUGUUGUAUAUGCAUGGAUGGUGAAUGUCAGAACAGCAAUGUAAUCCUGUUUUGUGAUAUGUGUAAUUUAGCAGUACAUCAGGAAUGCUAUGGGGUGCCAUAUAUACCUGAGGGCCAGUGGCUCUGCAGACACUGUCUGCAGUCCCGUUCUCGGCCUGUAGACUGUGUGCUGUGCCCAAACAAGGGAGGUGCCUUUAAAAAGACUGAUGAUGAUCGUUGGGGACAUGUUGUGUGUGCUUUGUGGAUUCCAGAGGUUGGAUUUGCCAAUACAGUUUUUAUUGAGCCAAUUGAUGGUGUCAGGAACAUUCCCCCAGCCCGAUGGAAGUUAACGUGCUACCUCUGUAAACAGAAAGGUGUUGGUGCCUGCAUCCAGUGCCACAAAGCAAACUGCUAUACUGCAUUCCAUGUGACAUGUGCUCAAAAGGCUGGUCUGUAUAUGAAAAUGGAACCUGUGAAAGAACUGACCGGCAGUGGGACAACAUUCUCUGUAAAAAAGACUGCCUAUUGUGAUGUACAUACUCCACCAGGUUGCAUACGGAGACCUCUAAAUAUUUAUGGAGAAGCUGAAAUCAAAAACGGUGUUUGUAGAAAGGAGGGAUCAGUCAGAACUGCUAGGUCUACAUCAAAAGUCAGAAAAAAGACAAAAAAAGCCAAGAAAACAGUUGUUGAACCCUGUACAGUUAUGCCAACUGUAUCUGCUCCUUAUAUUCCCCCCCAGAGAUUAAAUAAGAUUAUGAAUCAGGUGGCCAUUCAGCGGAAGAAGCAGUUUGUUGAACGAGUGCACAGUUACUGGUUGCUUAAAAGGCUGUCUAGGAAUGGUGUUCCUCUGUUGAGAAGGCUGCAGUCCAGUUUGCAGUCACAACGAAACACACAACAGAGAGAAGAUGAUGAAGAAAUGCAAGCCUUAAAAGAAAAAUUGAAGUACUGGCAAAGGCUGCGUCAUGAUCUUGAAAGGGCACGCUUACUGAUUGAACUAAUACGUAAGCGGGAAAAAUUAAAAAGAGAACAGGUCAAGAUUGAGCAGGUUGCUAUGGAACUUCAGCUUACUCCAUUCACUGUCCUCCUUCGGUCAGUCCUGGAUCAGCUGCAGGAAAAGGAUUCUGCUCGUAUAUUUGCUCAACCAGUGAACCUUAAAGAGGUUCCAGACUAUUUGGAUCAUAUUAAACAUCCUAUGGAUUUCUCUACCAUGCGAAAACGGUUAGAUGCUCAAGGCUAUAAAAACCUCAGUGAAUUUGAAGAGGACUUCAAUCUUAUCAUAGAUAACUGUAUGAAGUAUAAUGCAAAAGACACAAUAUUCUAUAGAGCUGCAGUGCGGUUAAGAGAUCAAGGAGGUGUAGUUCUCAGACAAGCUAGGAGAGAUGCUGAAGGAAUUGGUUAUGAUAAUGAAACUGGAAUGCACUUACCUGAACGGCCUAAACUUGAGUCACCACAGCCUUUCUCUUGGGAAGAUGUUGAUAGGUUACUGAACCCUGCAAACCGAGUGCAUAUGUCCUUGGAAGAACAGCUGAGAGAGUUGCUAGAAAAACUUGAUCUUACCUGUGCAAUGAAAUCCAGUGGAUCAAGGAGCAAAAGAGCAAAGCUGCUAAAGAAAGAAAUCAGCAGUAUUCGCAACAAGUUAAGUCAGCAACACAACCAAGUUCCCCAAAUAGAAUCAGGUAUUGGAAGUUUUGAAGAAGAAAGUGCAGCACUAGAACAAGAUGGAGAAGAAGAAGGAGAUAAAUCUCCCCCUAAACUUGAACCAUCAGAUGCAUUACCUCUUCCUUCAAACUUGGAGACUAAUUCAGAACCACCAACCCUCAAACCAGUAGAACUCAAUCCAGAGCAGAGUAAGCUUUACAAAAGAGUAAAAUUUGAUAAUGAAUUAUAUAGCACUUGCAUUCAGAAAGAAAUAAAUGGACACACUCCAGAACACUUACUUGACAGUAAUCUCAAUGAGUCGACUGUUUCUGCUGUAGCUGAGUCAUCAACUGAUGUAAACAGACGUACAUCCAUUCUCUUCUGCAAAUCGAAAAGUAUAAGCCCCCAAAAGUCUGCAAAGAACACUGAAACCCAGCCAACUUCUCCACAGCUAGGGACCAAAACCUUUUUGUCUGUAGUCCUUCCAAGGUUGGAGACACUUCUGCACCCAAGGAAAAGAUCAAGGAGUGCAUGUGGAGAUUCUGAGGUUGAUGAUGAGUCCCCUGUAAAGCGCUUGGAUACAGGUCUCUCGAAUGGUUUUGGAGACAGCAGUAAAGAGAGAGCAUUAGAUGAUGCUGCAGGGAGAAAAGUUGAACCUCGUCGCCGCUGUGCAUCAGAAUCUAGUAUUUCAUCUAGUAACAGUCUUUUGUGUAACACCAGUUUCAGCCUACCAAAGUGUGGUAAAGGCAAACCAGCGCUUAUACGAAGACACACAUUGGAGGAUCGAAGUGAAUUGAUAUCUUGCAUUGAAAAUGGAAACUAUGCCAAAGCAGCAAGAAUUGCAGCUGAAGUUGGUCAUAGCAGUAUGUGGAUUUCGACUGAUGCUGCAACAUCUGUUCUUGAGCCUCUGAAAGUAGUAUGGGCCAAAUGCAGUGGAUAUCCCUCUUACCCAGCUCUGAUUAUUGACCCUAAAAUGCCUCGUGUUGCUGGUCAUCACAAUGGUGUUACUAUACCGGUGCCACCUUUGGAUGUAUUGAAGAUUGGAGAACAAAUGCAGACCAAAUCAGAUGAGAAACUAUUCUUAGUACUGUUUUUUGACAAUAAAAGAAGUUGGCAGUGGCUUCCCAAAUCCAAAAUGGUUCCCCUUGGGAUAGAUGAGACCAUAGACAAGUUAAAAAUGAUGGAAGGUCGCAACUCAAGCAUUCGAAAAGCAGUAAGGAUUGCUUUUGAUCGUGCUAUGAACCACCUGAGUAGAGUACAUGGAGAACCAGUCAGUGACUUCAGUGAUAUUGACUAACAGAUUCUACCAAGGCAUGAAAAGUACCACACAGACUUGAACUCUACUUAUAAACCUCUUUGUCUGAAAGAAUGUAUUGAAGAUACAACCCCUUAAUUGUUGAUUCAGUGGCUGAGUUCUGCAAACUUGAAAUUGUUGAGCAAUUCUUCUAAAUCACCAUUGCCAUAUUGACAAAUGAUUUUAUCUUAUUAUAGUUUGGAGGAUUGUCCACUAAACAUGUUAAAACAUCUUGUUCAUAGUGUGCAUAAUUGUACAUAACUGUAUAUUCAACACUUAACUUAUUCUGAUUUUAGAUAGCUCUUUAAUUUCUUUUAUAAUUUUGCUGGGGAGGGAGUUGGUUUUUGUUUCCAUGCUUUUUCUUCUUUCUUUUUAAGUUUAAGUUACCUAAGCACCAUCUUCCAGCUUAAGGUGUUUAGUGAAUUGUAAAGCCUAAUAUCAAAAUUACAUCAAAUAUAUGUUUGCCUAAAUCAUAUACGAUAUGGUGCUGCUUGUAUCAUUUCUUCCUUGGUCUGUAGCUUCUGAAAAAAGACUUCUGAAUGUUUGUGUAAAUCAUUGCUCUUUGCACAAAGUACCACAUAUUUUAAGAUUGAUGUAAAUUUACAAUUAGAAAUAUGUAUUUUAAGAAAGGAAGUUGCAUUAUUUUGGAGGGUACUUUGUGAGAAAGGCAUCAAGGAAAAAAAAGAAAAUCUACUAUGUACAUCACUUGCAAAUCACCAAAAACACUCCAUAGUUGCCCAAAUAGCUUAAGAUUGUUUUUGUUUUAAACAAAUCUGGCUUAAAGCCUGCAAGCACAUUAUUUCUUUCAAAACCAUAUCCCAUUUAUCUCCCAUUGAUUUUAUUUUAUUGAUAUAUGUGCCUCCCUGUGUUUUAUUUAUUGUAGAAAAUGUAUUAAUUUGCUUUAUAAUGAAAAAUAAAAUUGACAAAUAUAUUGAUAUGCAUUUUUAUACAGGCACAUGAGAAGACAACUUGCUUUGGGAGAAAAAAAAAUGUAUUGGAAAUUGUAUAAAAUAACUUGAUGGUUUGUGUGUAAUUUGAUUUUUUUGUAACUUGUAAUCUUCUGUUUCCACGGAGGGGAUUUAUGUAACUUUUAAUUUAGAACACUUUGGUAGCAAUAGAAACUUUGGAUACAUUUUUGUAUGGUACAUGUGAUGUAUAUAGAAUUAGUACUUUAUUUUUAUUUUUAAGAAGUAAAGCAUUAUGUUUGGGCAGGGGGAAGAAGGAGGGGGGUUUCCAGAAUUGCAUUUUUAUAUUAAAAAAAAAAUAAUAAUAAAGUCAAGAUAUUGAUUGUUGUAGCUACUUUAUUCCUACCUUCACUGAGAAUACAGAAUUUGUAACAAUGAAAAUGGCAAGGUAUGUUUGCAAUGUGAUUUAUAAUGACUCCAUUAUUUAUAAAUGCACUGUUUGAACUCUUUUGCAGUGAUAUCUUAAAUACUGUACCAAGUUAUAUAAUAUGAAACACCAAAUAAUGCAUAUGAAUGCACGAAGUAUUUAUGCCCAGCUUUUUUUUAUAAAGGAUUAGCAAAUACAGCAAAACCAAUACUUUUUAAACCUUUUUUUAAAACUUCAUGGAUAGCAUACUUCAUUGUUAAACCUGCUUGAGUCUUUAUUUUAAAGGGACAGUUACUUUAUAAAUAGUUUUUAAUGUUUUUAUUCUCUAUUGUUUGUAAUACCCCCUUAGAAGCUUGAAAUAAAAUUUCUUUCUCAACUGUUAAUUUUGUCCUGAAUUUGGCCCCUGAAAUUUUGCUGUAGAGCCCAUUCUCUUAAUCCAUGACUGAGUUGUUAAAGAGGUGCUAGUUCCAGAACCUUGCUUUCUUGCUGCAGCACACAGUGCCAUCCUCACUGAGCCCUCUGUGUGCUAGGUAUUCUAGUUAUGCCCUACUAACUGAGAGCAAUUGCCUGUAAUGGACUACGGUAAUUGCAGAGUUCAGUUGGAUAAGUUUCACAAAUGAUUGAGCAAACAGUUCUCCCGGUCUUGACAGUAAACUUUGCUUCAGGGGAAAUAGUGAUGGCAGGUGUUCUGCUGUGACAGAAACGAUUGGCACGUCAGGUAGAGAACUAAAAUGAAAAUUUGGUCAUUUGUUUUAAUUAGUACUUCUGUGUAAUGACUUUGAGGAUCUGUCAUUUCGCUGUGCUUAUGUUUGAUGGGAAUUGAGCUUAACUUUCAUGAUAUUGAGACAGUAGACCUCUUGUGAUCUUCUAGGGUUGCUUUUUAAGAGAGCCUUCAGCAGUAGCCUGUGCCAGGUCAUGUUUCAGACAUGGGCUGCCAGAUCAGUGUGUGUGAAACGGGAUAAUGAUUGGCAGGAAGAGAAAAUGUGUUCUGGGGGUAUUUCAGACCUUGGAAAAUUAAUUGGAGUUCAUGAUAGGAAGACGAUAAUUUCAUGUGGGUAGAACUUUGAUACCUUUGAAGUAUAAAUUCCCACUUAAUAAGUUAUACAUGCAGAGGCAUCUCCUGUUAGUUCUUGGAGAAGAUACCUUUUUAUUGAUUUUGAGAGAAUACCUGUACAGACUGCUCUGUGUAUUCGUUUGCUGAAAUGGGCAUGGAAGGCUCUAAUUUUUUUUCUUCUGUGCAUUUGAUGGAAACUGUCCCAGACCUCAGGUUGCAGCAGUGGCUACAGCUUUUCCUACACUAUGCCAAAGUAAAGUAUUAUCCAGUGGUUAUUCAGGUUGGAUUCAAAUGUAAAAUGAUUUCUCAGACUUGUUGCUCGUCAGUGAUGUGUUUUAAGGAAAUGCAUGCUUAUUUAGGAAAGGAAGAUUGAUCUCCAAAAUUGCUUUGUUUCCUAAUUUUAUGGCCUAUCUCAAUAGUCAAAUAAAUACGCAUGUAUCUGAGGAUGUGUUUCACUAUGUUUUAGACCUUGCUCUUGACCAUUAGUAACCGAAGUAAUCAUGGAGUAGAAUUUAGUAUUCCAGUGGAGGUAAAAGGAGGGAACAACACGUUACCUAAAGGUAUCCUACUGUUAUCUCAUGCAGCGUCACAGCAGUAAAAGCAGGGUGUGGAUCUGUAUAUUCACUUGUCAAUUCUGGUGUGAACAUCCCCGGCUAAUAAAGAGUGAGAAUCCAGGAUCAGAAGCUAAAACAAAGUUAAUUUGUCCUCUCUUGUAUUAAUAUGUGAGAAAUCAUGUUAUAAAUAUUUAGGGGGGGGAAAGGGUGUAAUAACUUUCUUUUUCUAAAAAGAAAAAAAAAAAGUUUGUAUUUGUUACCAAAUGCAGUGGAUUUUGCAAUGUUUGUUGUGAUUUUUGUAUUUUUACACUAGAGGGAGCAAUACACACAGACCAUCAACAUUCACAAAAAUAUUUAAUAUUUUCUUUUUAAAAUGCUGCUAUUAAAACUUCUUGCUGUUAAA